AUGCUCAGGAGGGAAUGGCUAUUGCUCUCCGGAUUUAUAGACUGUUCGAAGGAAAGCAUUCAAAAUGCUCUCACGAUGAAGAAAGCUGGACAAGCUGUGGUCGUUGCACUCGACAACCGCAGAGGGUUUCCAAUGGUUUUCAAGAUUUCAGAACUUGGGUUCAAGAACCUGAUCGGAAUUUCAGUGCCUUUCUUCUACGGGAGAGGCUUGUUCCAGCUGAACUUCGGCUUUUUGCCUUAUCGAAGGCCGAUCAACACAGUCAUUGGUGCUCCAAUAGACGUUCCGAAGAUUCUUGAACCGACUGAUGAAGAAGUGGAUCGCCUUCAUCGUCAGUACUGCGACGCCUUGAUAGAUCUCUUCGAACAGCACAAGACC